UGGUCCGUUCAGGCGGGCUGUUUGAGAGCUCGGGGGACCGACGUACCUCACGUUAAGCUUGUGUAACUAAAGUUUUAUAGUUUACGGAUAGUCCAGUUUACAGAUAGUUCACGAAAAGUGACACUUUAACUUUGUUAUUGUGUGGAGAUCGAAAGCCUUCACGCAGCUGGAGGGAGUAGUAGUGUUGAUUAGCCGUAUCAAUGCGGUUAUUGUUAGCUGACUAAAAAGCGAGCUAUGGACCGACCAUCUAGGAAGACAAAGACUGUGAAUUACUGUGAGACCAAGGACUUCGAUGAUGAUGAGGAUUUUGCCUGUGUGAAGGCCCCACCCAGCAAAAAGGUCAGGGAGGAUGUGAAACAAGAACAGAAGAAAUCAUUAAGCAAGUCCUCCAGUCAAGAGGCCACCUCACAAUUAAGCCAGAAGAACAGAAAGCCACUGGACGAAAAGCUGUAUGAGAGGGAUCUCGAAGCAGCCAUCACGCUCUCCAUGCUCAAUAAUGCAGGUGAAGUGAAGGACCAGUCUCAUGUCAGUAGAGGAGAUGUCAAAUUUCCAGUAGAUGAAAACACAGAUCCAGCUUCUCUGCUCCUGUCCAACUGCAGUGUGGAUGGUGCAGUUAUGGGUUUGGACAAAAUCACAUCAGAGAAAGGGUCGCCUGCCCCUGCCAGGCAGAGAAAGGCUGCCUACAAAGCUACUGAGGAGCUGAAAAACAAGGAUGGUGAUGAUGAUGAUGACUAUCAACCCAAACUGACACCAGAUUCAGAAAGCGAUGAAGAUUUCAGUGAACCAUCUGAGAGCGAAGAUGACGAGUUCAAAGUAAAGAAAGCAAGCAAGACUAAAAAGAAAGAAAAAGCAACAAAGAGUGAAAAAAACAAACAGAUUCUUGCUUCUAAAAAAGAAAAGCAACCAUCAAAACCAUCAAAGCCUAAAUCGCAAGCAGCAGCAGCUUCUACCCCAGUGACAACACCUCCAACGGCCAAACCUGCCUCUAAAAGACCUGCGUCAUCCUCCACAGGCUGCACAUCGAAGCAUGCAGCCUCCCUGAGCCCAGCAGCGGGAAGAAUGCCCAAGUGGAACCCACCAGCUCAAAUUGGAAAAAGUCCCUCCACGUCCCAGAGUCCAGCAGUGAAGUCUCCCGGUCAGGGUCUGCGGCUCGGGCUCUCCCGCCUCGUUCGAGUCAAACCUUUGCACCCUAGUGUUGCAAGCCACUGACUGAACUGACCUCAGAGGUCAGGUCAUGUUGUGGUUUUUAAAGUUUUCAGUUAUUUUUACGCAGAGACUUCUAAAUAUUAAUUUCUCUUAGUGUGAUACAAAAUGCACAAUACUGAGAGGGUCUUCACCUUGAAGCUGAUGGAGCUUAAGGGUGUCCUCUUACCCCUGGAUGCUGUUUGAGGUUAAAUUCUGAAAGUGUGAGUUCAUGUCUGAAGUGUCACUUUUCUUUUCUUUUCUUUUUUUUUCGUUUUUUGGUCCUGAAUUGUUACCUGACAUGUUACCUCCACUCAAAGCACAUUUUUUGUAAAUCUUGUACAUACAUUUAAAUAAACAUAUAAAAACAGGUUA